UGCUUGGCGCCUCCGCAUCAUCUGGGGAUGUGGACUCCCCAGAUUCCGAACCCCACUCUGUGGAUCGAUGGAUCGCGUUCGCUCAAUCGGCCACUUAUACGGCAACACAGCGCGUACUCUGUAUACCAGAUGAAAGAGCCGGCAAGCAGCAGCCGGAAGGAAGUGGUCAGGUUCUCAACAUCGAGUGGGCAGCAGGGACUGGGUGCAUCCUCCUAAGCCAAGACAAGAUGAGACCCAUUCGCUCUUCGGAAUCCGUCGCCCUCCGAGUCCGUCGAGGCAGCACAUCCUCACACGCUCCACCGACUCUCCGCAACCACAUGCUCGGACCUCUGCCUGUGCUUCGCCAUGCUCCUCACCAACAGUCUCACGGACGAAGGACGUAUGCGACGGCCUUGGGCGGGCCGAGUGGCAGGCAGUGCCUCGAUGCCGAGGAGUGGGCCUUGCUCCGGCAUCUGGUUGGCAAGCCAAAGGGAGAAAGGUCGCCAGUCUGGCCCCGGGUCGCACAGGUACUCACGGAACCUUCGCAAGAGCGCGUCGCCCCGCCCAUGUCUGUCGAGGGAGUGGAUGCACAAUCUGCUCCCACUGGGCGCCAGCAAGCCUCGCCCCUGUCAGGGCUGGCGCAAUCGCUCAAGCAUCCCAUGAACAAGAUGGCCUACUUGAACCAGCUUGCCAAAGCGGCACGGAAGGCGCAGCAACAGAUGGGUAGCAUGUCGACGGCCGUCCUCGCGCAGCUUCCUGCCACAGCCUUCUCGGAACUGCUGCGAUCUCUCGACCCGGUGGACUCGAUCAGCAAGGAGCUGGACCCGACAGACGGGAUGCAUGUGGGGCCCGGCAUGGCGCAAUUCACGCCCAUGGGUCAGGAGUUUGAUGCAUGGGGGGUCAAGAAGUGUUAUGUGAGCCUCCUCGCCCAGGUCAUGAAUGCGAGCAAGCUCAGGAUCGAGGCCGGACGGCACUUGCUCCUUUCCGACUACAAGAUCCUGCUGAGAUGCGCGGGGGCUGCAGCCGACCUCGAUGCAGUGAAGGCCGUGUGGGACAUGAUGGCGGAGACGGGUCUGCGCGAGCGCGACCCUGAGGCGUACCACGAACUGGUGAAGUCGCGCUUCCAGACGGAGCCGCUGUACUCCCACUAUGACCUCGCCAGAUAUAUCGUCAGGCCGAUGAAUCUGCACAUGCAGAAACUGUGGGUCCUGGGAUGGAGGGAGCGAUUGUACCUCCAGAUGCUGGGGUAUAACCGGUUGAAGCGACAGCGACACCAUUUCGGUCACAAUCGUCAGUCGCUCAUCCACGUGGAGCACCUCGCGAGAAUCAUGCGGCAGCGUUGGCCGCCCUUACGGAUGAUGUGGGUGGCGACCAAGUUGUGCUACAUCGUCGACGAGGGCGUCCUCUGCGCAAUCAUGGUCGCCCUGGCGCGAUCGGGCGCCAUCAACGUCUUCCAAACGCGGAUCCUCCAGAAAUACUGGGGGGUGGAGGUUACGCGGCGGCCCGGCUCCCCGGCCACAGUCAAGGUGCAGACAAUCGCCUACGCCGCCGACUCUCCGCUGCGCCCAAGCGCGAAGCUACUCGAGGCCAUCGUCAACAGCUACUGUGUCAACGCAGAGUUCUCUACUGCCCUCCAAGUUCUCCACGCUGUCUCCAGCUGUUACGGCAUUCCCAUCCCGGACAAGGUGUGGUUCGACCUGCUUGAAUGGGCCUACGUCUUGUCCUCGAAGCCGGUUGCGACGGAAUGGAAGGCCGUGAGGCGCCAGUUUCGCGGGAAGGGAGUGUCGCGGAACGCGGUUCAGUUGGUCUGGAACACCAUGACGUCGGAGCCGUUCAACGUCCGCCCGGGCUUGUACCAAUACCAGCUCCUGGCUCAUGACCUCGUCAGCCGGGGUAACGUUCCCAGAGCCCUAGACGUCCUGCUGGAGAUGGAACCCAUGUAUAGGCAGCUUCUCGCCCAGCUCGAGUCCACCUUCUGCAAGCACGCCCUGAGCACGGCCCUUGGCGUCGAGGUGGCCGAGUCGGAGAUGGCGUGGAGGCGAGCUCGGGCGCGGAAGCAUGCCGCCUUAUACCGGCUCCAGAUCCUGUGCCGGCGCCUGCUGAAAAAGGUCGGCAAGGGCAAAGCUGGCCCGCACAUGACGGUGCGCGGUGUUCCGCAAUUCAUUGAAGCGUUCCGGGACCUUAUGCCGGCAAGCAUCACAUAUCAGAUCCAGACGGGAACGGUGCAGAUCCAUCAUGUCCCGCCCGUCCGUAGGCUGGAAUGGACCACGGCCGAGUACACCAAGCUGCCUGCCACCACGGGCGAAGUCCGGAUCUCAGGCCUCAUCAAGCGCCUUCCCAGGCCAAAGAAGGUCAAGGAGAAACGUUUGGGUCCGGCGCCGCAUGCGAGCCUUUAUGGCUUCCUCACGCAGAGUCCAUCGUGGCCCCUUAUCCAGAGGGAAUUCUCUUGACCAAGACACAUGGUCUCAGACUCGUGGCAGGGAGGG